ACGACGCUCGUGACACCUCACUGGGGUACCGCCAACACACACCUCACUCCACCAGAACCACCUUUCAGCCUAACUCACCAGCCCAUAUGGUGAUCAAGGACGCCACGCUGGAGGACGCUGGCAGAUAUGAGUGUCGUGUGGACUUCAUGAGAGCCCCAUCCAAGACGACCACCAUUGAGGUGAGCGUGGUAGAGCCGCCCUCCACGUUACAGGUGAAGCGCACUACAGGUGAGACCGUCACCUACACUGUUACGGUCAACGAGGGCAGCCAAAUCCAGCUCUCCUGCAUCGUGACGGGAGGUCGUCCUCGUCCUCGUGUGUGGUGGACACUGAGGAAGGACUUGGAGGAGAAGGUAGUGGACGAGACUUAUGAAUCCCUCGAGUCCGACUUGACCCAGAACAACUUGAUGUUGCCGCGGCUCGAGUACAACCUCCACCAAGCGAGGCUCACCUGCUACGCCUCCAACACUAACGCCACGAGCCCUCUCUCCUCCCCACUCACCCUGCUGUUGAAUAUGGCACCCAGAACCGUCAAGAUCACUGGGUUAACUUCACCUCUCCUGGCUGAGCGGCGGUACAGGGUGGGUUGUGAGACGACAGGAAGCAGACCAGCCCCUAAUCUCACCUGGACCAUCAAGCGACCUGAACGAUUGGAGGAAGUCAUUGCUACGGAGAAGUUAUCAACGAAGAACGUGAGCAGGUCGUGGCUGGAGGUGAAGGUGAGGUGGAACGAUCAUGGUGCCACACUCCGCUGUUCCGCCUCCAGUCCAGCUUUACCUGAACGAGUGGUGACUAAUAGUUCAACCUUUGAUGUUCACUUCUCCCCGCGGCUACAGCUGAACCUGGGCCGGAUGCUGCAGCCAGAUGGCAUCAAGGAAGAGAUGGAUGUUUACUUUCACUGCUCCGUCACUGCUAACCCAAAGGUGUACAAAGUCACCUGGUACCAUAAUAACGUGGAGGUACAACAGGACCCUUCUGCAGGAGUACUGGUGUCCGACGAUCACUUGGUCCUACAGAAGAUCAAGAGACGCUGGAGUGGUUCUUACGUGUGCCGCGCCUCGAACGUGGUCGGGGAUUCACAGUCUGAACCUCUUAAUAUAACCGUGCGGUACGCGCCCAUCUGUGCGUCCACAUCUACGGCAGUGUUCCGGGCGGCGCUGGGAGAGGAGAUCAUUCUGCCGUGUAGGGUUCUGUCUCACCCUCGUAAUGUCUCCUUCUCCUGGACCUUCAUGAACACCCUGACGGAGUUUCCAACCCCUUUCUCCCCUACCCUGCCAACUCACCCCCUUCCCCUGCUUCUCCAGCACGAACGAGUGCCUGGCGAACGUGUCUCCUGGAAGGGGUUGGAGUCUCGUCUGCGUUACCUGCCGGAGAAGACACAAGACUAUGGCACCUUACACUGCUGGGCGUCCAAUGUUGUCGGUCACCAGAAGGAGCCCUGUGUGUUUACCAUCAAGCCUGCGGGAGUUCCGUCAAAGCCUCAGAACUGCACCGUGAGUAACCAGACUUGGGAGAGCGUGGAGGUGACCUGUGGUGACCUCGGGGGUAUGCUGGGUCACCACAGGGGUUACGGUGGGUAUGACUACAACCGCCUGGGGUAUGAGGACGUGCCCACACCUAGCAACCCUGCUGAGCUACUGCAGGAUAAAGACAAGCCCCGGUACCUCCUGACGGUGCAGGAGAGGAAGACCUUGGCUGUUGUACAUAAUGUUACUGGAGAGCGCGGGUUGUUCUCGGUGACGGGUCUGACUCCUGGGCUGGACUAUAUAAUAUUACUCUUCCGCUACAACAGUCAUGGACGCUCAGCUAAUGUCACCCUGGAGACCUUUACCUUAAGGACGGCAGAGAACAGAAUGAGAGAAGAAGAGGAAGGUGGAGAGUCCGCCCUUCUAGGUAUGGUGUUGGGGGUGAUUGGCGUGGUGUUGUUACUAGCCGUGGGCGCCAUUGUUAUUACCCUCCGGUCCCGUUCACGCCCACGGUCCUCCACACCCACGGAGACCACCCGCUUACCCCCAGGGGAGACCAAUGACUCGACGGGUCUGGACCAUCCGGACCUGCUGGAGGCUGAGAGUCAUGCUGUUCCCACUGGACCUUAUCGGCCUACUGAGGUCACACAAGCGCUCUUGUCACCAGCUCGGCCCAUGGACGAGGAGAUGAGUCUCACGCCCACAUCCGUCUCGCCCACCGCCCACCUGGACUACCUGCCGCGUGAGGUUCCAGAAGCCCUGUCUCCGAGUGUAAGGUCUCACCCACGCUUGUAUGUGAGGGCGGAGGGUCACACCGGUCAACAGGAGAGCUUCCUCUGAACACCCUCCGCCUAGCUGCUACAGUACCACCAGGGGGACGAAGAGGGUCACUCACCUAAAGUGUUUUUUUUUUCAAUAUCGCCAACUAGUAUAGUGUUAUUAUUUUAUAGAGUAUGUUGAUAUAUCUACCUGGGUCUUGAUAUAUCUACCUGGGUCUUGAUAUAUUUACCUGGGUCUUGAUAUAUCUACCUGGGUCUUGAUAUAUCUACCUGGGUCUUGAUAUAUCUACCCGGGUCUUGAUAUAUCUACCUGGGUCUUGAUAUAUCUACCUGGGUCUUGAUAUAUCUACCCGGGUUUUGAUAUAUCUACCUGGGUCUUGAUAUAUCUACCUGGGUCUUGAUAUACCUACCCGGGUCUUGAUAUAUCUACCCGGGUCUUGAUAUAUCUACCCGGGUCUUGAUAUAUCUACCCCGUUCUGUUAAUCAGUGUAUCCGGGUGAGUUGGUCUAUUAAUCCGGGUCCAUUGUAAAAAAAAUUACUAUUCCCGGUUUACAUAGGACACUUUAUUCCCUUGCAUCUUCUUCUACGAGUUGAGGGAAUAUUUUUAUCGAUAUUCCCGCAAAGACGGAAGAUUUUAAGGACAGAUAUUCCAUUGGGGAAGAAAAUAUUUUACCAAGGUGUUGUUGUUUCUAUGAAGACUGUCACGAACGAGCAACUGAAUCCGGAUUUGUUUGUUUAUAUAGCUGUGUGGUGUUGUGAUGACGUAUUUACCUGACCAGGGAGUUGACGUUCGUGAGUGCUUGAAAGGCGUGGCCAAUGAAUUCGUAAAUGUUUGAAAGGCUUGGCCAAUGAAUUCGUAAGUGCUUGAAAUAAGUAGCCAAUGAAUUUGUAAUUACUUGAAAGACGUAGCUAACGAAUUUAUAAGCACUUGAGUGACGUGGCCAGCGAAUUGACUGACGUUCAUGAGUGCUUGAAAAACAUAACCAGUAAACUGGCGUUCAUGAAUACUUGAAAAAAAAUGGAAAAAAUUAUAUUGUGAGAAAACCCAAAAGAUCGAUGAAGAAGAUUUAAGACUUUAUUCAUUUGUGUCCCUGUUUGUGUAUAAAGGCUACAGAAAUGUCCUAAAAUGUGUCGAUCCAGCGCAGGUUAACAGAAGCGGUUCCUCGUUGUGUUAUGAUUUGAUAAUGUUUUUUGGAACUUAAUGUAAAUAAACAAAUAUGGAAGUGCAGUUGAGAUAAUCAGUUUAGAAAGUGCAGUUUAAGACCAGAUGAUCACUUAAAGAAUGCAACUUAAUACCAGAUGAUUAGCUUAAAGGGUGCGGCUUAAUACCUGAUGAUCAGCUUAAAGAGUGCAGCUUGAGAUCAUUGAAACAUACAUAAAUUAGUGUGAAAAUAGAAAAGUAAGAUGUGUAAAGUAAGAGAAGAGAAAUUUAUACUAAGGAAGAAGAAAGGAAAUGUGAAAAGAAAGAAAAUGAAAUAAAGUGAGAAGAUAAAAUGAAAGAAAUAUCAGGUUGACUUGUACGUGUUAGAUCAACUUGGUUCGUGUCAGAUCAACUUGGUUUUUCUCAGAUCAACUUGGUUCGUGUCAGAUCGACUUGGUUCGUGUCAGAUCAACUUGGUUCUUGUCAGAUCAACUUGGUUCUUGUCAGAUAAACUUGGUUCGUGUCAGAUCGACUUGGUUCGUGUCAGAUCAACUUCGUUCGUGUCAGGUCAACUUGGUUCUUGUCAGAUCAACUUUCAAUAUGUCAGAAAUUGCGGUAGACUGUCUGAUAAUAGUUUUACAGAUAUAUUGCUGUCUGAAAGUAUUAAUUGUAAAGAAAAAAAAGGCUUUUUAUUUUGCCGUGUGAGAAACUUUGUCUAGUAAAGAUGGGGGAAAAGUUUUGUUGGAAGUUGUUUGUGACUCGGCAUGUGACGGUAGCGUGUGACGGUAGUUUGUGACGGUAACGGUAGGGUGUGACGGUGACGGUGAGGUGUCGACAAUAGGGUAUAGGUGUGAUGAUAAAUUACAGGUAACGUUAUGGAACUGGUGACGGUAAGAUAAAGGUAACGGACGAUUGGGUGUAACGGUAACAGUGAGGAGUGACGGUAACCUAGAGGUGUAACGGUAACAGUGAGGAGUGACGGUAACCUCGAGGUGUGACGGUAACCUCGAGGUGUGACGGUAACAGUGAGAUGAGACGAUAAUAGUGAUGCUAAUAAAACUGCAGCAAAGAAGGAAGGAAGGAAGGAAAGAAGGAAGGAAGGAAGGAAAGAAGGAAGGAAGGAAGGAAGGAAAGAAGGAAGGAAGGAAAAAUCAACGUAAAAAUUUCACCCAAAGGAAAAAAAAAUAAUAAUAAUAAUAAAAACCAAAACAACAUCUUUACUUCCACAAUAUUUCGAAAACUUCCAGGUUGUGUGUUAGUCAGUUCGUGUCCUCUACUUUCGUUCACAACAACACUAUUAUGACUCACGACUAAGACAGACAAUGACUAAAACUUAAACCCGAAACUAUUUAAAAUUUAUCGUAUGUGAGUGAAAAAAAAAACUCUUUGAUAUUUUUUCUUCGGUAAGAGUGAACGCUUAAUAUACAUAUUGUAAAAAAAAAUAACUAAAACAAUUAAUAAUAUUUCAUGUGUAUGAUAAAUGGAGCAGCUGUUUUGAUUUCCAGCUUUUGUUGUGCUUUCUCCAUGUGCGAAGAUAUUUUUAAAACUUUCUAAUGCUGAGAGAGUGAAAGUGAGAGUUAAAGUGAGAGUGAAAGUGAGAGUGACAGUGAGAGUGAAAGUGAGAGUGAAAGUGAGAGAGUGAUAGUGAGUGAGAGAGAGUAAGUUAUUGGUGUGUAUGUGUGUAUCAACUUUCUACUCUGGGAAAGUGAGUGUGAAAGUUACCAUAUUGUCCAGUUUUCUCUGUGUAAUAAAUGUGAAUAUGUGUGUGAGGAAAGGGGGGGAGGGCUUGUACCUUUUAUUGAGAAUUGAAUUUUAAUCCAGAAUAAAUAAAAGUUUAACAGUAAAAUGUAUGAGGCCAAACACACACACACACACACACACACACACAUACACACACACACACAGAAACUCACUACAAAUGCUAAAAUGCAAGAUAUACACCUUAAUCAAUCUUUCUCUCUCUCUCUCUCUCUCUCUCUCUCUCUCUCUCUCUCUCUCUCUAUCUAUCUAUCUAUCUAUCUAUCUAUCUAUCUAUCGUGUCACUCACAUACACUAAAUGAAGUAGUAAUUGACACGCUAUCAUCUAAAACAUAUAACUAUUAAGUUACAAAACACAGUUACUAAAAUAAAUAAAUUAAAUAUAUAUACACGUACUCAUCUGUUACAUAAUUAGAUAUUUUAAAUGAAGGGUAGUUGGUAUUUAUCGUAAGUUUAUUAUACAGAUGUGAUAUUAAUGCUAGAAGAGGUGACAGAUUCUCAAUGGUUCGUAAGUUGAACUCCCAUUAAAUGUUCGUAAGUCGAAUUUUUCUAAAGAUUCGUAAGUUGAAAUUUUCAUCUAAAUGGUCAUAGGUUGAAAUUUUUAUCUAAAUGUUCGUAAGAUGAAAUUUUCCCUUAAAUAUUCCUUGCCUUCAAUAGGUUGUAGAGUAAAUUUUUCUCUUAAAUGUUCAUAAGUUAAAUAUUUUACCUUAACUAAAGAGAAAAUAACCUAUAUCCAGUUCGGUAGAGUUGUAGCCAUAGUAACUCCAACAUUUGUGUCGUAGUUUAGAGGAAAUCCUGACUGACGAACUUUUGGGAAUCUAUACCAAGAUAUUUACGAUAGCCUGAGAGCAGCCAGUAAGAGUUCUCGCGGGUGUGAUGACGUCAAGUUUCGUGAUGUUAUGAGUUAUAAGACAACAAAAGUUUACGAUAUUUUUCCCUCAGUAGUUACGAUUUUUUGAGGCGAAAUGAUUACGUGGGACUCCAUGGCAUUAUGGGUUCGUGGCUAAAAGAAUGUGACGGCAGGUAUAGAAUUUGUAGAGAAAAGGUCAAAUAAUUGUUUUAAACCGACUGUGAGUAUGACAUUUCUGUAGAUAAUUGAUUUAAAUAAACUGAUGUACUGACCUAUGAACAUACUGUAAAUAUUUUCACUCUAAAUGUCUUUCCAUUCCCGGUUGUGGCCGAGUGGAUAACACACUGACAGAAUGACCGCCGUGUUUAAGGGCCGUUGGGUGUGGUUAGCACUUCUGGUGGUGACUAAUCUUAUGAGGAAAAUCUGAGCGGUCGACUGUGUACUCGCUAAUUCGGACUGGUUCUCUGUGCUGUUUCCUGACCUACUUCCCCUUACAUUUUGACUCUCUCUCUCUCUCUCUCUCUCUCUCUCUCGUUUCCAGUAUAAAGGGCGUCUCCCUCAUACCCGUUUAACACGUCCAUCGAUCGUAAUCUUCAAAUGUCACCUUCUGCCUGACUUUUUGGCUGUGUGUACCACCUGUGUUUACCACCUGGAUACUCUCUCUCU